AUGUUGGGGCAACAAUCUUGUACCCUUCGAUGCCAUGCAGUCUCCCACCCUGUUACUAUCUUGGCAGAUGCGAGUGACAGCAAAAUCAUCGUUGCCAAACUCGACGCUAGGAAAUCAGCUGCUAGUAAGCGUUCAAGGCCUGAAUUUUAUUUGAAGACAGAGUCCAGCACGCAAAAUAGUUCUACCAUUAUCGUUGAGGAAGCACUUUCAAAUCUUGAGAUAGAUGGAGGAAAUAUGGAUAAUGAUAUCGAAGAGUUAUCCAUUGCAUCUUUGCAGAGAGAUGGAGGCUCUUUAUUUUCUCGGGUGAAGUUACUUGGAAACGGAGGGUGCUGUCCUUUAGAAAAUCUUAGAGCUGCUGCUGACUCGUUGUUCUUACAAGGAAAUUCUGAUUUGGUGGUUGUAAAGCAAGCUAUAACAGAGUCCAGCACGCAAAAUAGUUCUACCCUUUUCGUUGAGGAAGCACUUUCAAAUCUUGAGAUAGAUGGAGGAAAUAUGGAUAAUGAUAUCGAAGAGUUAUCCAUUGCAUCUUUGCAGAGAGAUGGAGGCUCUUUAUGA